AUGGCAAACGGAGUCUUAGAUUAUUGGUAUUACUUUUUCUUUUUUCUUUCUUCAUCUUCAUCAUCCCACCACCACCCUUCCUUCACCGCCACCGCCGCGCCCCCUCCCACCCCCUCCUUCUCCUCCGACCUCCCCUCCUCCACCUCCUCCGACCUCCUCUCCACUCUCCUCCACCGCCUCCCCCCCUCCCUCUCCCUCCCCACCACCUCCACCCCUCCCUCCAUCCCCCUCUCCGCCCUCUCCCCCUCCACUCUCCUCCCCGCCGCCACCCAAUUCGGCUUCUUCCACCUCACCCACCUCCCCAUCCCCUCCGAUCUCCCCCUCUCCGCCGAAUCCGCCGCCCUCUCCCUCCUCUCCCUCCCCCUCCCCCAAAAGCACCUCCUCUUCCCCUCCAAUUGGCCGCUCGGCCACGAAAUCGACGACGACGACGACGACGGCAGCGAAUCCCUCUGCCUCGACCCCUCCCUCUCCGAGUUCCGCGACUUUGCCGCGGAACUAGAGAGACUGGGAGUCAAGGUUCUAGAAGAGCUGGCCUCCGCGGUCGGGUUCGAUAACCCGACCCGGGAUCAGCUCUCCUCGCUACUCUGGAUAUCCGGUGGAGCGAGGAAACCGGGUCGGGUCUACCCGUAUGCGGUCGGGUUGCAAUACCAGAUUACGACCCGGAAACAGACUCUGCUGACGGAUUCGGGUCGGGUCACGGUUUCCGGGCUGGCGGGUUCUGUUUUAGUCACUCUUGGCGACAUUGCUCAGGUUUGGAGCAAUGGAAAGCUAAAGAAAGUGAGAGGAAGGCCUUUCCCUUGUUCAUUUGAUGAGAACCCUAAUAAUGAUCCGUGCAUAAACAUGUCUUUGCUUAUCACCCUUCCCGCGGAGAGCAUCGUUCGCCCCCUCCUUCCCAACUUGAUCGGUGGUGAUGAUGACGAUGAUGACAACGGUGAAGGUGAUGCCACAAACAAGAAGGAAGGAGAGAAAAGAUUGUUCAACUCAUUUAGUUUGGAAGAUUAUGCAUGGAGAAUUUAUCACCAGCCUCUCCUAUUCAAAGACCCCCUUCUUAGAUAUCGCGCUUGAUCUCAUCAUCGAGGGUCUUUUGAGCUUGCCUCUAGUUCGAUUUUGCAAAUGAUAUGUUAAUUACUUUAAUCUCGUGGGUUAUUUUUCUCGAUUUUGAAAUUGGUGAGCAACUUAUUGAACAAGAUUUUUUUCAAUUUAUUCUUUGAAUGUUGAUGUACAAA